UCUCAGGAGCUGGGACUCUAAGGAGUGAUGACCUCAGCCAUGCCCUCUAACCAGAGUCUGGAGGACCUGAGGCCCAUGUCACGGGGAAUCACCAUCAUCCCCCGAAGCAGGAGCACUUCUCAUACAUCCAGCAGAGAUGCUCAGAAGAGGAAUAGCCUCAAGUGUAACUCUGCCUCCUCUGUGCAGUCAGUGGCUGAUGAGAGUCUGUCUUUAGUGGACAUUGAGAACAUGCUCUUGCAGAAAGUGAAGGAGAGAAAAGAUGACUUGAAGGCAGCUUUCCGUACCUUUGACCAGGAGGGCAGUGCCACUGUCACUAAAGGGGAGUUUCGCCGAGUAAUUGAGGGCUUUCUUGUGCCACUCACUCAGUCUCAGUUUGAUGGCCUUUUUGCAAAGGUCCCAAAGAGAGGGAAUGGAACUGUACCCUAUAAGGAAUUUCUACAACUAUACUGCAAAGUCUCAUCAGCAUCAAUUAGAAUUCCUUCUGGAAGUGGAAGUCAGCGAAGUUGGCCUCUUGGAGAGCUACAGUGCCGCUUGAAGGACAAGAUUGGAGGCAAUUUAAAAACCAUAACGAGGGCUUUUCGCUUGUUUGAUUAUAACCGGGAUGGACAAAUACAGCAGCAUGAACUGCGGAGAGUUCUGGAGAGUUACUGCUUUCCUCUGAGCCAUCUGGAGUUUUGCAGGCUAUGGUCACAUUACAGCCCGAAUAACUCACAGACGAUAUCCUACAAAGAGUUUCUUGAGAAGCUUGGUGUUGAUUGUGAGAACUACCGGAAAAUUGCUCCAGACUCAGCAAAACUGGCUUUGAACUGGGAUGCAGCUAACCAGGCUAAAGCAAGACCCAGGAGCAGGACAUCAGCUUGGGAGACCCAGAUUAGUUUAGAUGAAAUCCACACCAUGUUUCUGAAGAAAAUGAGUGUAAAUUAUCCUGUUGUGGAGAAAGCACUUCAAGCCUUAGAUGUUGCAGACAGCGGUAUUGUCUCUUAUGAUGACCUGAAGUCAGUUCUGAGCAGUUUCCUUUUUCCAAUCAGUCACAGCUCAUUUUUGGGCCUCUUAAACAGAUUUGGAGUGAACCCUGCAGAGCCUGUACAGUGGCGAAAGUUCAUAGCUCUAUUCAGGGAAGACGAGCAGAUGUUACCUGCUGUGAAAGAUGCAGGUCCUGCUGCCUGUAAGCUGUCUAGUAUUGAAGAAGUCUUGCAAAAGUUACGAGAACAGAUACUUGAGGUGUUUCCUCAUCUAAAGAGAGCCUUUCUGGUCUUUGAUGAGGGGGUUAAAUUGUGUGUGUGUGUGUGUGUGUGUUUUUUCCAGAACAGAACUGGGCUGGUCAGUCGGGGUGACCUGCGGAGGCUACUGGAGAGUCUGACCUUCCCUCUGACAGAUGAGCAGUUCAGAGGACUGACAGAUCUCCUCCAUGUGCCACACUCAGGAUCCAUCAGCUAUCAGCACGUCCUGGACUUUUUUCAGAAGGAAAAGCCAGCGGUAGUGGUUCAGGAACAGAUCAGCGAGUCUAUAGAGAAGCCAGAGGCUCAGACCCAGCCUACUGCUGAAUCUCCUUCAGCCACAGCAGCCUGGACUGUAGUAGAAGGGGUUCUGAAGGACCAGCUAUCUGAGCAUUAUGCUUCACUGAUGUCAUCCCUAAGCGAGACCGACCCGAUUCAGAGCUGCACUAUUCCUCCUGAAGACUUGAGAAAGCUCCUCCAGCAGUAUGGACUACCACUGUCUGACAGCCACUUUAACAAGCUCUGUGAACCUUUUAUGGAGUCUGGAGCAGUGAACUACAAGUUGUUAUUGACGAGCCUUGGUAUGUCCAUGAGGAACGACAUGACAAAGAGUGUAAACAAGGGUCUUAGCUUGACUGAGAGAAAUGAGAGUGCUUAUCAAGUUAAUGUGGAGAGUGUUAAAAAGCAAGCUGUGGUGAACGUUGUUCUGAAGAAACUCAGAGACAGGUUGCAGAUGCGUGGGCUCACACUUCAGCAGUGUCUGAUGGACACCAGCAGAAGCUCUGCAUCAGUACUUGAUCUGAGAGAUUUCCAGAAGAUUCUGGAUGAGUGUAGAAUUUCCCUGCAAGCACCACAAUUUCAGGCUCUCAUCCAAACUCUUGGUUUCUUCAAUGGACCGAUCUCCUUUUCAGACUUUAUAGACAAAUAUGAAGGUAUGAAAAACAAUGAAAAGCAUCACACAAUCUCAAAUAAUAUUAAGGUCGACAGCUUUAUGUCUGCAGAGGAUUGUUUAAAUCAGCUUGAGGCACGCAUCAAAGAAUGUCACAGGGAUGUUUUAACAGCGUUCCGACUGAUGGACAGAAACAGAGAUGGACUGGUGAACUACAAUGACUUUAGAGUGCUGUUUAACAGCCUAAGAUUUGUGACUAAAGAGAAAGAGUACCAGAGACUGCUUGAGGCGCUGGGCUUUAAGCCUGGCUCUACUAUUAACUACGCUGAGUUCUACAGCAAAAUUCGGUCCGACAGGAAGACCGGAGUUAAUCUCAUCACUAGUAUGACAGCUGAUCAGUUACUUGAUCGAGCUUGUGAACAGGUUCAUGCCUAUCUGGUGGCCACUGCACAAACAAGGGGGUCCGAGCUCUCAAAGGUGAAUAAUGCGUUCAAAAGCUUUUCCUACUCACUAUUUAUAUUUCUUGACAAAGCUUUUACCCAGUAUGGUGAAGAUAUUGAAAGCAGGAUCACCAGGAAUGAUUUGAGGCAUAUACUUUACAAGUACUACUUGCCCAUUACUCCUAGAGAAUUUGAGAAAAUAUGGGCGAGGUAUGAUGAUGAAGGGAAAGGAUACGUCACUCAGACAGAGUUCCUGAACAAGGUGAAUAUCACACCGCAUGAGUCUACACAGUCUCCAUCUAUAAAAAUAAUUGUGCCUCUUUAUAGGGAGUGUUUAAAGCUUAGCUUUGAGGAUGUGCACCAGAGUCUGGUGGAAUUGGAUAAGAGGGGAGAUGGUCAUGUGACAGCAAUGGAUCUGUUGGCUCUGUUACAGACACAUGGAUUCCAGAUAGAGGAUCACCAAUUAUUGGGUCUAAUCAACAACCUCGGACUUGAUGUCUGUAAGCUGUCAUACCAUGAUUUUCUGGACCGUAUUGUUGGGCCAAGAGUCAGUAGAAGGUCUGUUAUGGCUUCUUCAGUCAGUCCAUACAUGAUGUCUUCAGGAGAUAGUGUAGAAAAUCUCAGCCCUGACAGAGCCUUACAGAAGGUCAGAGAACUCGUCACAAACUCUUUGGAUACUUUGUCCAAGGCAUUCACAGCAUUUGAUAAGACUAGAAAUGGCAAGAUAACUCAGGCAGAGUUUCGGCGAGUGCUGGACCAUUUUUGCAUCAAGCUCUCCAAUGUGCAGUAUAGACACCUGCUAGCUAAGCUGUCAAUCAAAGAAGAGGAAAGCAAGGUGGACUGGAAGCAGUUUCUCCACAUCUUCAAUCUUCACAACCAAGAGACAUCUGAGGAGUGGCUGGAGAAAAUCAACAAGGUACACCUCCCUAACCAGACAUGCCUUCUGCCAAUCAGUGAUGUACUAGGACGGAUCCAGGAGGUUGUUUCUGCUCGAAUUUAUACCAUUACCAAGGAAAUGGUGGAUUUAGAUUAUGCUGGCGUAAAUACCAUUUCAAAAGAGGACUUCAGGACCAUCUGUGACCACCACUUCAUGAGACUUACUGAUGAACAGUUUGAAGCUUUGUGGAAAAUGUUGCCGAUCAAUAUCUUUGGAAAUCUGGAUUACCGUGAGUUCCUGAAGAAGUUCAGUAGAGAACCUAUAGAUCAGGGAAGUACUAGAGGAUCACCUUCUCCUAGUCCAUCAGAGAGAUCACCAGUUGCUCUACCACAGUGCCCAAAAACAGCACCCUGCAGCCAUGGGAGAAGCAAGUCAUUAGCCCCCGAGCAGCUCAGGCCUUCCUCUGCAGUCUGUGGACGGUCUACAUUGUCGAACUCUGAAGCCUUGGAGAGGAGGCUGCGCGCCCAGAUCCGGUCAUGCUGGCGAGAGGUCCAGAGAAGAUGCAGAGAGGCUGACACAGGAAGCAAUGGGGAGAUUGAUGUAGAGACUUUCUUAGGCAUACUGGAGGAGUUCCAUAUUAGCCUAACACAUUCUCAGUUUGAGCAGCUGUCUGAGAAGUAUAAUAUCAGAAGCAAGGAGAGUCUUUCUUACCCAGAAUUCCUGCAGCACUUUGUGCUUAUGCUUAAACCUCAAGCCAGUACUUUCACCCGCAGACGCAAGCUGCACGUGCCAUCAACAAUGAGUUCAGGGCCACUGAGUAAGCAGUGCAUAGAUACCUUGCUCAGGCUGUGUCCUUCUGUCCAGCUUUACUGGAGGACCAUGAAGCAGGCGUUUAUUUCCUGUGACAAGGAACGCACAGGAAAGAUUUCUCUUCAGGAUUUCAGAAAAGUUUUGAGACAGUACAACAUCAAUCUCUCAGAGGAAGACGUCUUUCAUCUUACAUCUUUCUUUGAUAAGAACAUCUCAGGAUGUAUUUCAUACAAUGAGUUUCUGAGCAUUUUACAAAAAUAAAUGCAGAGCCAUCUUGUAUUGUAUUGUAAUAGUACAACAUAGUGUGCAGGGGUGGACAAAUCAGUAGACAAGAACAUGUUUUUAUUGUUUUAUUUGUAGUUGUGGACAAUAGGCUCAGCAGGCUAACAGUCACUGUUUUUUUUCUUCUCUAGUGUAACAAACAGAGAAAGAAAAAAAUCCCUGCUUCUUAUUGGCUUUUACAAAACAAGCAUGUACUUUUUUACUGUAGUAUGUGCAAUUUGUUCUGAUCCCACCGCCUGCUGCACUACUCACAGCCGGUUUUACUAUUCAUAUUAUUUGACAUAUGACCUUUUGACACAUAAUCUUUUCAGAAUCAGGAACACAGGCAUAUUGAAACGAAUCCAAGAGAAAAUAAAGUGCAGCGCAAAGUGGUCAUGUGACUCCAAGCACAGCACACAGUCACCUUAAAUAAUAUUGAGGCAUCGGUGAGCAAGAGGCUUGAUCAGGAACCAUUGUUAAAACAAUGCACUUGCUCUUUUAUAGGCUUAUAGAACAAAUGCAGUCUUGGUAAUUACAAAUCCCAUUACACGUUGUAAAAUUGCUAGACAUAACAAAAACUAGAUAAAGUUCCAGUAUAAUUCACAUAGUAAAAAUAAACAAACAGCACAGUACUAUGCUAACAAGUAAGACUUACUGUAACAGAGCGACAGUAACAUUAAACUCCUAACAUUAGAGAUGCCCCAGAGUAUGCAUAUUAAGACUUGCUCAUGGCAGCGAGGUUACAAUAUCUUAUAUGUACAAUACAAUAUCUACAGUAUCUUUUAUGUGUGAUAAUAUCAGCUGUGCUACUUCAAACACUGCUUUAGAAAAGGAUAAUGACUAUGGCAAAGAUAUACGCUACGCAGGAGUAUAUUUUAUAUACUUGUUUGUGUCUGUAUUAAAGCACAUAACUCUGUAAUUAAUAAGUCAGCAUAUGUUAUUGCAUUAUUUUAGCCUAGUCAGUAAUGGGAAAUCAACACAUGUGACUGGGCAAGCAUAUUGAAGCUUACACUUAGCCAGUGGGCUAUAUAACAGAUUUGUCCACACUUGGUGUGUUCUAUUAGUUAUUUAUUUGUUUAUUAUUAAUACAAAACAAUUAUUGUGCAAUUAUCCUAUUACUGUUCUUCAUUUAAAACUUAAAAUUCAGUUAUUUCCCACUUGUGAAUUUCACAAUUUCUGAAGCUCAGGUAACUUUCAGGGUUGUUUAGGUGCCAAUACUGUUCAUUUAAUAAAAGAUAACAAAAGAAAACAAUCUGUGUUAGUAGUGCUUAUAGUUACAGUGAACCCUGUCUGAGGUACAGCUUGGCUCAGGCUGACUGAGGAAUGAUACACAAUAACAGGCCGGGUCACAGAGUUCAGCAAUGAUUAUUAUAUAAAACAAUUGAAAGUAAUAAUGGACUCAUCAUUUACACUAGUAAGUGUGUAAGGAUCAUAUACCAACAUGUAGCAAUACCACAUAUCAAUUCCAUAAAGAAGAAGAAAGGAGCAAACUUACUUAGAUGAUUUAAUAGUA